CAUCUUUCGGCUUAUCGUCUCCGGAGCGCCAACUUUUCUGUUUUUGUUGUUGCUCCCAAGUUACUGUCAUCUCUGAAUUAAUUAUUAUCAACAAGUGGUAGAGUCGAAGAGUCGUAAACUCAGUCUACCUUGGUGUGCGGUCGUCAUUUCUGAAUUUUCCCGCUGAAACGAGUUAUCAAUCUAACUUAGAACCUAACUGUGGUGCGAAUACAUUGUUAGUAACAGAUUUCCGCUUGGAAGCAACCUUGUGAACCAUACAAUGUCGAAUCCUGUUGUUUACUUGACCCGGAAGGCUACCUUUAGUGCGGCACACCGACUUCAUAGCAAACAUCUUAGUGAGGAGGAGAAUCGAGAAGUGUUUGAUAAGUGCAAUUGGGAUAAUGGUCAUGGCCACAACUAUGUCGUGAGAGUCACAGUUCGUGGACCGGUCUGCCCGAAAACUGGAAUGGUAAUGAAUAUUACGGAGCUGAAAAAUCAUAUGGAUGAGGUUAUUCUUAAGAAUUUGGACCAUAAGAAUCUUGAUAAGGAUGUUAACUACUUUUCUGAUAAGCCAAGUACAACAGAAAAUCUUUCAAUUUACAUAUGGGAUCACGUACGUGCACUUAUGAAAAAGCCUGAAUUACUUUAUGAAGUGAAAAUAGAUGAAACAGACAAAAACUCAGUGACAUACCGAGGACCGUAUCCAUCACAAACCAAGUACACUAACAAACGCUGUCAAGGGGGUAGUUGCAACAAUAUAUCAUCCGAUUCCGAUUAGUUCCUUCCAAUUCGCUACAAGCGUAGUAUUACCAAGUAAAUUCCAGGAGAAACAGGAAAACAUGUCGUCAGAUAAUUAAUUAAAAAAAACAAUGAAUUUAUUUAAAAUAAAUAAACUUUAUUAUUUUCAGAAUAA